AUGUCGACCAAAACAUACGAAUUCAAGACAGCAGUUGUCACUGGAGGAGGCGGAGGUAUUGGAAAAGCGUUGUCGCAACAACUUAUCAAGAACGGAAAGACAGUCAUCAUCGUGGGACGAACAGAGUCAGCACUAGGAGAGUCUGCCAAAGAGAUCGGAGCCGCCGCAUACUACGUGCUAGAUACCGGAGACAUACAACAGAUUCGCAAACUUGUUGAGAAGCUCACCUCUGAGCACCCUGACGUCGACUGCUUGAUUAACAAUGCUGGAGUGCAGCGGCUAAUUGACGAGAUUGACAUCAAUAUGCGAGGGCCGAUACACCUGAUCGAGGAAUUGCUCAGGCACUUCAAAUCAAACCCAAUGCGCUCGUUGUCAACGUUUCAUAAGUCCUUGGAUUCGUGGCUUUCUCUCAUCAGCCCAAUAUAUUGCGCGACAAAAUCUUGGGUGCAUUUCUGGAGCAUGAGCUUGCGAGAACAGUUGGAAGGGUCAAGUGUCAACAGGGAGAAUCCGGACGAUAAUAAGGAGAAUGCGCCUCAGACAAUGACGACAGAUGAGUUCGUAGAUGAGCUGAUGCAGAUGUGGAUGAAGGGCGAGACGAGGAUUGCGGCUGGACCAGGGAAUAAGAUUGUGAACGCGUGGGAGGAAAGGAUGCAGCCCCUGUUCGAAAACAUGGCACACUAA